GGCGCGGUGACGCGUUUGCGAUUACCCAAUUUAGAACGAAGAAGAAGAAAACUAGGGCCCGUCACUUCCGGGUAAAAAGAAAACACAUGUUGGCUGAAAACCUCUGAAGACAGAAGCUGCAGGCAUGACGAGGUGGGCGAGAGCGAAUAAUGUCCACAAACACAAACCGUCUGAAGCCACUCCCUGGAGUCAGCUGAGGGAAGGAGGAGGAAGAGGAGGAGGCAGAGGAGGAGGAAGAGGAGGAGGUGGAAGAGAAGGAGGAGGAGGUGGAAGAGAAGGAGGAGGAGGUGGAGGAUGGGGAGGAGGAAGAGGAUGGGGAGGAGGAGGAGGAGGAAGAGGAAGAGGAGAAAUUAGGGAAAGAGAGGGUCUCCCAGGCAGCAUUAAGUACGGAGGGAUCCAGCCUGGAGGAUCGGCCAUUAAGAAGCCGAACCGUCCGAAGAAAGAGUACGACAACGAGGACGUAAACGGCUUCCUGGAGUUCCUGCAGCAGAGUGGACAGCCGCUGCCGGGGAUGGGGAGAGGGGGGAGGCUGGGGGAGAGAGGGGGGAGGCAGGAGAUGCAGGAGUUCAGGGAAGAGGUGGAGACGGCGCUGAAAAAAGACAGAAGAAGGGAGGACCGGAGGGUGAAGAGGCAGGACAACAAGAAGAGCCACAUGCUGUGCUUUAACUGCAGGAAACCUGGUCACGGUUUGGCCGAUUGUCCGGAGGCCGACCGGGACGAGGAGAUGGGUCGAGGCAUCUGUUACCGCUGCGGCUCCACGGAGCACGAGAUCCAGAAAUGUCGAGCGAAAAUCGACCCGGCGCUGGGGGAACACCCGUACGCUAAGUGCUUCAUCUGUGGGAAGACGGGCCACCUGUCGCGCGGCUGUUCUGAUAACCCUAAAGGACUUUAUGCACAAGGAGGGAGCUGUCGAGUCUGUGGCUCAGUGGAACACUUUCAGAAGGACUGUCCGGAGCACCAGGCUGCAAGUAACUCGGUGACGGUUCCCUGGAUGUCGAACAACAUGAGCGCAGACCACGAGGACGUCCACGUUCCCGUGAAGAAAAGCAAACCCAAACAAACCAAAGUGGUGACGUUCUGAUCCGAACACACUCUCACUGCAUCUGAUCUGCAUUCAAAGGACCGAGGACCGUUCACGUGCAGAUUAGAGGUUCUCCAGUUCCUCUGGUUCUCUCUGUGUAUAUUUAAUAUCCGUUUAAUAAAUUGCUGCUUCUGUAUA